GGGCCGCGGCUCCGGCAUGGACGGCGCGCCCGCCGCGCUGCUGGUGGCACUGGUGGCGGUGGUGGCGGUAGUGCCCGCCCGCCGGGCGGCUCUCGCAGUAUCGUUUUACGGUGAUAGCUUUGUGGAGCUGAACACGGCAGAGAUAUCCUCUCAGACAUCUUUACAGUUGCAGUUUCGAACAAGCAAGGCACAGGGACUGCUUUUUCUUGCAGCUGGGAAGACAGAUUAUUGUUUAAUGGAGCUACGGUCAGGAUAUGUACAGUUGAGAAUUAACUUUGGUGUGGGGGAACGAGUUCUGCAUUCUCAGCAAAGAUCUCAGCUGAAUGAUUUAGCCUGGCACCUGGUUGAACUACAUCGUGAACGUGAUAAUGUCGCAUUGGUAAUUGAUAAAAAUGAUAGAACUAGUGCAAAAAUGCCUGGAAUUCUCUAUGAAUUAAACAUCGAUUAUGGAUUCUACAUAGAUGGUACUAGUAAACUUGAUGUUCCCUACCUUAUUGGAGCACUACCCAGUUUCCGAGGAUGUAUUGAUGGUGUGUUUUUCAACCACAGAGACAUUCUGAUGCCUCUGAGACCUUCUCCUGGCUUCAAAAUCAUCCAUGAAGUUUCAGUGGGAUGCAGUGAUGAAUUCUUUGUGGGUGAAGAAGAACCCAUUAGUUUCUUCAGUUCCAGGUCCUAUGUUUCUUUCCCAUCAUGGAAUGUGGACGAUGAGGGAAGCUUCGAGUGUACGUUGCAAACCUCAGCUGCACAUGGCUUGCUGCUUUACCACCCUGGGCAAGUGGGAGAUUUCAUUGCAAUGGAAAUGGAAGGUGGUUUAAUUAAAGCUUAUGUUGGAAAACAUAGACAUAGAACCCAUCUUUCUUCUCGUAGAUCAGUCAGUGAUAGUCAUUGACACUACAUCAAGCUGAAAUUUACUGCAGAAUAUUUGCAGCUGACAUUGGAUGAAGAAACUGUGAAAAACUCAUUGCCUCCCCAUAGUAAGCUGCCAAUUCUGAAGGGAUCCCUCUUUGUAGGUGGUGUAGAAGACAGCAUACGAUCAGAAGUGGUUAAAUUAGACCUAAUCUCAGUAUCUGGGAAAUAUGCCAGAGGAGGAUCCUUCAAAGGUUGCUUAAGAAACCUGAAAGCCAACUCAGAAAAGAAAUCACUGAAGAAUGUUCUGGUAAGUAAGGACAUUUCAGCUGGAUGUGAAAUGCAGAGUGCUUUUAAUACAAAUCUUUCUUUAGAGAUGACUAUAAAGAACCCUCCUGUGAAAGCAGCCCCAGUAUUUGCCAUUUCCCAUGAAAGCUCUGUCUCUCUGGGCAAGGAAGACAAGAGCCACCUUUUAGUUCUAAGUAAUUUGAUUGUGCCAGAGGGUGGACAAGCUUCCCUUGAAUCUAAGCAUAUUAAGGUCAGCUUAGACUUUGAGAAAUUAGGAAUUCAUCAAUCACAAAUUUUUUUUGAAAUAAAGGAACCGCCUUCUCAUGGAGACUUGAAACUAAAUGUGCAGGAGGUGAAUACAUUUACUAUGCCAGAUGUGUGGCAAGCGAAGAUUCUUUAUGUCCAUGAUGGCUCUGAGGACACUUACGAUUAUUUUAAUUUCUCCAUUUCUACCAGCAGUGAGAAGAUCAUGCCUCCAUAUUUUCAAGAAAAUGAGCAGCAUAUGUUUAGCAUUACUGUCACUCCAGUAAAGGAUGCACCUGAGAUCGCACUUCCUGAGGGAAACUUGCUUUUUCUCUCGGAGAACUCAAAGAAAUGUUUGAUUAGUGACCUGAUAAAAGUUCUAGAUAAGGAUACAGAUUCUUAGGGUCUUUCUGUCCUUGGAAAUCUGAAUGCAGAUGCAGGAUUUUUAGAAAACUCAAAGCAUCCUGGAAAAGCCAUUACUACUUUUUCUAAUGAGGACUUAGGUACUGUUUUCUUUGUCCACACAGGUGUCAAGAACUCAAUGCUUGUUCUCAGGGCAAGUGACGGUGAGAAGGUGAGCAACACUGUUGUGUUACAUGUCAUGGCAGUUCCUUUGGAUUACAGAGUUGUCAACAAUUUAGGAAUAAAUCUACUCCAAGGUAUUACAACUCUUAUAACACCUAGGCAUCUGGCAGUUGAAACAAAUGCUGUCCUCCAGGAACUGGCAAUACGGUAUGAAAUCACAAAGCCACCUCAGUUUGGUCAAGUCCAAAGGCAGCAUUCAAGGGGAGGAUGGAAGCAAGUCAAUUGUUUUUCUCAACGCUCUCUUCAGCGCAGCAAUGUGAGAUACUGUAGCACUUUUAAAGAAAUUCAGCUGGAAAAUGUUAUCGACCAAUUUAAAUUCAAAGUUAGUGUAGGAAACAGAAUCAGUGAAGAGCACACAUUUCCAAUCAAAGUGAAAUGGUUAAGGUACACCUUAUUGAAACACAGUCCUCUAGAAAUUGAAAAGUCAAAAAAGAAGUACUUGAAUUCUGAUAAUCUUUUUGCUAUUAUUGCAGAUCUAGAAAUACCUGAAGAUGAGCUUCAUUUUAAAUUGCUGUCUCUACCAAGGAAUGGACAGAUACUGCUUAAUGACCAGCCUUUGAAAAAAGAUUCAGUCUUUAACCAAAAAGAUAUUACUGAUCAAAAAGUGGCAUAUGAAUUAAUCAACAGAUACCAUGAAGACAACUAUGAUUCAUUUAGAUUCCUAAUUUCUACAAAGUAUCUGGAAUCAAAUUUGUAUGACUUUGAAGUCUACAUCAAAUCAGAUUUUGGAAACAUUAUUUUGACUAACGAUGGCCUUAAUGUUACUGAAGGUGAAGGAGAGUUAAUAACGAGCACGAAAUUGUUUGUGCAAACAAUAAAUAAUAAAACUUUCCAAUACAAAGUUAUACAGUUUCCUAAGAAUGGGAAAUUAGAACUUAUUGAUUUUUCAGGCCCUUCUGAGAAUAAUGACAAUCUCACAACUUUCACUAAUAAAGACAUAACCAAUAAACGCCUUAUGUAUGUGCAUGACGAUUCUGAGACAUGUUCCUGGAAUAAAGUUAACCACAUUUAUCAGAAAACAGCUUCUAGCCUCUUUAGUUUUUCAGCUUGUUGUAUUUUUCAGGUGGAACAAGAAUUAAUCUACUAUGUUCAUGAUGACAGUGAAGAACUGAUGGACAGUUUUAUUGUGAUAGUAAAUAACACAGAGUUGUGGAAACAAAGUUUGCCCCAAACUGUAUUUGUCACGGUUACUGCAGUAAAUGAUGAAGCUCCUGUUAUAAAAGUUAACAAAAUUCUUCAGGUCUGGGUGGGUUCCAUCAUAGAAAUAACUAUUGAUGUCUGCGCAAAAGACAAGGAUUCCUCACCAUCAGAAUUGGUUUAUUCCAUUACUCCACCUAGCAAUGGGCACUUGGUUCUGAAGUUUUCUCCAAACAAGAGCAUCCUUAGUUUUACCCAGGCUCAUAUAACUGAAGGACAUCUGGUAUUUGUACGCAGUGGAGCAAUGUCUGGAGGCUUCAACUCUCAGGUGACAGAUGGUUUGAACUUUGCACCUCGACAGAUUUUUAGCAUCACAGCACAUACGCUGGUCAUUAGCCUUGAAGAGAACAGAGGACUCAGAGUCUUUCUAGGUUCCAGGAAACCUAUUUCACAACAUGAUCUUAAAGCUGUAACCAGUGAUGUGAUCAGUGCAGGAAACAGAAGUAUAACUUUUAUGAUUGUAACUUUCCCAAAACUUGGAAGGCUGAUCAGAGUAAAUUCCGAUGAUACCACUCAGGAAAUUCUCAGUUUUACACAGUCUAUGGCUGAUGAAGGUGUGAUCAUGUACGAACACUUACAUGCUGAGUUAGCUGGCUGGAGUGCAGAAGAUUUCUUUACAUUUACUGUCUGCUCUCCACCAUCAGCUCUGGAUCUCCAGGUGUUCCAUAUUGUCAUUUCAUAUGAAAUUACCAGAGAUGAUGGGAAUAGUCGUCUUCUAGCAAAUACAGGUGCCACAGUCCAGGAAGGAGGCAGAGUAUUGAUCAAUAAAACAAAUUUAGAUGCUUCAAAUCUAUUGAUUAAACUACCUGACAUACAGCGCUCCAUGUAUGAAGUCUGGUAUCAGUUUGUUUCUUUACCCCAGCAUGGCAUGAUUGUUGUUGGAGAAAAAAACAUUCCAAAAGAAAAACCUAAUUUCUCCCAAUACAUACUGAACAAAUUUGGAAUUGUGUAUGUACAUGAUAAUUCUGAAUCGCUUAAUGACAGUUUCGCUUUUGCUGUUUGGUUAAACCUAAAGCCCCAUAGUGAAGUUUUAGAGGAGAUGUUUAAUAUCACUGUUUUUCCAAUGAAUGACCGAUCUCCAGAACUCAAGACUAAAAGGCUGCACUUGAAAGUCCUGCAAGGAGAUGUGUCAAUGCUGGGGUCAGAGAACCUGAAAGUUGAAGACCUAGAUAAUUCCCCAGCUGAGCUCAAAUACACCAUUGUUAGCAACCCCAAUAAUGGUUAUUUAGCAAUGAAAAGCAAUCUCAGUGUCUCUAUAAAAGAUUUCACACAAGCUGAUGUUGACAGUGGUAACAUUUGGUUUGUACAGGAUGGAAGUUCAUCUUCUGGGGUGUUUUGUUUCAGUGUGACUGACGGUAAACAUCGCCCUUUAUACAAACUGUUCAGUCUUGAAGUCAUACCAAUUGUUCUUGUCCUAGUCAACCUUACCAGUGUUGUACUUCCACAGAGCCAGACAUCUGUCACUAUUACUAGUGUUCAGCUUUCAGCUGUCACAAAUGGAAAAAGCAGUAACAUUAUGUAUGAAAUAACUCAGCCACUCAAAUAUGGGCACCUGAUGAUUGGAAAUAAGCAGAUUACUAAAUUUGAGCAGGCAGAUUUGUACUCAGGAAGGCUCUCCUACCACCUGUCAAAUCUCACUGCAUCCAAAGAAGUACUGAAGUUCAUGCUUUUCACUGCAGAAGGCAAUCUAACAGGACAAGUGCUGAACAUCACAGAGAAGCCUUUAGUACAAGUUGUAGCUGACCUGCAGAUUUCAAAUGGAGUGGCUUAUAAAUUUGGAAGCAGUGACCUGGAUGCAUCUGAGCUAGCUAAUUUGACACAUAGUAAUCCUAGAUUUGAAGUGAUAGUGCCCCCCUCACAUGAAAAGAUUGUAAAGAAAAGGUUUGUGAGUGAUGCAGUGUUUGAAGACCUUCAGACAUUCACCCAGGCUGACAUUGAUGGUGGUGUUUUGCUUCUAGACAUAGAUACAAAUAUGACGGGCAUUGAUCUGUUAAAUGACUCAUUUACAUUUAUACUCAGGGCAGAUGCUGUGCAGCCUGCUGUUGGCUGUUUUCAGUAUUCCAUUGUGCCACACAGUCCUCCACUUGUGCAGGGUUUUACGACAGAAGUGCUUUUUGUAACCGGCAUGACCACUUCAAAGGUUCACACUACCUCAAAGUAUGAGGCACCAGCUUCCUCACAGGAGGAAGAGCCUGCAGUAGCACCACAGAAGCCUGAAUCAACUAAGUGGCCAGGGCAGAAUCACUGGGGAUAUCUACAUGAGAAAGGCCCCUUGCUAAAUCUGGCAAUGGGAACAAGUGUAUCUGAGGAAAUAAAGACUACAAGCCAGGUUAAUGCCAAGAGUCCCAGAGAGCAAGUGGGUGAAAGCAGCAAUGCUUGGUACAUCAUUAUCCGUCUGGUCCUGGUGUCUGUGCUACUUAUUGUUGCUGUUACUUUUGUGUGCAUUUUGUUAAUGUGCCAGAAGAAAGAGAAGACAAAAUCACUUGUCAAAAGUCAAACAGAUGCAAUCCUCAAUAGUCCAGAUCGGUGUCUGGAAUGGAGCUUGACUGUACCCACUGUUACAGUGACUCCUCUUCUGAAGGGCGCUGAGAGAAGUACAGCCUCAACAUUCAUGGCAGUAAGACAUGAGCAGCUGCUUCCUGCAGUGGUUUCUCCAACUAUAGAAAGGCCUCUGCAAAACAGCAUUUUAAAUCUUGAUCCUGAAGUCAUCCAGUAUUGUCGGAAAACAAACACAACUUUGAAGCGCAAUCAGUACUGGGUGUAGUUACUCCAGUUUUGGUCAUGCUAAUUGAUGUAGUAUGGAACAGAGAAUAUACAUUGUUGACAUAUAAUUUGUUCUUUAUACGCUCAUUUAUUGUAGGUCAAAUGAUGCACUAGAUGAAAUCUAAAUACCUGUGAAAUAAUAAUAAUAAUAAUAAAAAUCUUAGUGUUUACAGUGGCCAUAAAAGAAGAUUUCCAGCUAGUACAUCAGCAAAGUUCUCACUUAAUUCAGUGCAGAAUUUGGCCUCAUGUAUUUUGAGUGCAUUCUAUGUAUGCACUAUUUUUUAUUUUCCAUGACAGGUAAAAUAGAAUGUUCUGUCAUGGAUUAUAUAUUUUUAAUAGAAUUACUUUUUUUUGAAGAAUUAAUUUUUUUAUAAACAUCUUGUAUUCCUUCCUGAACCAUGACUUGUAUUUGAAGAACUUUAAACUGUUCCAAUAGGUAAUUACCGUGGCGCUAAUCUCAAUAAUAUAAUUUUGACCUGAAGGCUGUUCAGAGGCCAAUACUGAAGAAACAAAGCUGUGAUUAUUUUGACAAGUGUUCAUCCGGGUCAAUGAACUGGAAAUCUGGAAUUCAACUCAGCAGCAAUAGUCAGUACUGAAUAAGGAUUCUGGUAAAAUGCUGUGAGAUGUUGUUUGUUCUUUUGAUUUCUUUUUCCUUAUUUGAUACUGAGCUCUAGCCUUUAGUGUCUGCAGGCUGGCAAAAUACAUCUGUGACCUGUAAUCCACAUGCCAAAAACUGUGUAUCUGCCAGCCAGCCUGUCUGCUGAAUUAUCUUUAGGCUUAGGUUAUGUCUGGAUGUGCAUAUCAAAAUUUCCUACUCCUGACAAAGGGGUUAAUUCUGCUUUCAGUGAAGCAAAUGUAACUUUCUCUGGAGUCUGUGUAUUCAAGCAGAUGACAGUAGAAUUAAGUCCUGUGCUGCAUAUUGUCAUGUGUCAUGGAGCUACUGAUAGAAACAAUCCUGUGAGGUAGCAUGUACCCUAUUUUGAAGUUUCACAAUUUACCCUUCAUCUCCCAGAACACUGAACACAUAUGCCUUACAUGCUAUGAACAGAGUAUUACCUACUUACUAACUUUGCUCUGGUGAUAAAAUGUGCAAUAGAUUCUGUUCAAAGGGAAUAUUCUAGCAUUUUUGGAAAUCCAAGCUCAACAAUGAUGUGCAGCCUCCAGUUAAGGUCCAGUUUUUCUUCCGCAGAGGACAAAUGACAAAAUUCCUGUUGACUUCAAAGAAUGAACUGAAUAAACUCAAGGGAAUGGUGGUGUGAUCAUAACCAGUUUCUUACUACCACUCAACUUCUCAUCUAUUUUCUACCUCUAUAUUGUUACAGCUUCCAGAUAGCUGCUUUGUAAAAACACUGUUCUCAGCACUCUUAGCACUGCACUCACUCAAUUAACACUGGAAUACCUUUUUUAUUUAGGCCUAGGUACUGUCAUUUUCACUUUUAUACAAUGGAUUUAUGGAUCUCAAGAGCCUUGGUGCUAUUCAUUUCAUACUGCUUUGUUUUGGAUGAUUUUUUAUUAUUGAAGAUUAGGUAUUCUGUAAUUUAUAUAUUUCAAUUAUGAGAAAUUUUUACCUACAAGGAGGGCCAGACUUAAACUCCAUACUGCUGUGUUCUGGGAACUAAACACAGGAGCACUGGGGAUAGUCCCUCUCAUUUUUACCACCUCUACCAUGGUCAGCCAUGAUUGUGGUGCAUUUUUAAGCAAUACAUUUUUCAGAGGCCACUUCAAGAGGAGUAGCUCAUGUCACCAGAAAAUAUGCAAGCCAUCUCUUCAGCUGGUCAUGUUGUUAGGGCACCAGAGACUAAAGAUAUGGACACUUUAUAUGCUCAAACUAAAAUGUAUUUGAACAUCAAUAUUUUUUGUCUGUCAUUACCAUAUUUUCCCUGAUGGCAGCAUGUGAAUUCAAGUAACUGAUCAGUGUAAAAGGCUCGGGAUGCUCACAUGUCUCUUAUGGACCACUGUAGAUCUGCAUUGUGGACUUUUCUGCUUUUCCAAGAAAAUCUCUGGCACUGUUUUGAGGUGGUGUUGCCAGCCAUCACAGAGGCAACCUAGCAUCCUUUGUGGAGGUACAGCUGUAUGUCUUUUGCCAUUUCCUGAGACCUCUUCUACUAAUACCAAGCAGACAGCAGUUUCCUCCAGAUCCCAGCUGUCAGCUGCAGCCUGCCUCCAGUGCCUUCUGGACAGUGGCAGCAACCUGAUCCCUUUACACCUUCUCCAAGGCCACACUCCAAGGAGGAGUGAAGAAUUGUAAUCCCGACACUUUCCUGACACCUAACGAAGCCUGCCUCACAUUGCUCUACCACUGAGACUGUCCUGUUAACAGCAAGAGAUCUCAUGCUCCAGUUCUGACCAGGAGAUCAAGCGAUGUGCCUACAGUUUGGUACAGUCUGGACAAUGCUGAAAGCUCCUGGAGUCUGGUGACAAAAUGCACACUGCUGACUUGUGACAGGCUGAACAAAAAUAUGGAAGUGAAAUGCGUGCUUCAUGAGAUUUUAAUAAAGAUAUUGAUGUAAGGACGGGCAUGCCCAAAUCUGUGGUGCUCAGAAUGUGUAGUAGAGAUGGAGCAUAGGGCUGCUGCAUUGCUGGCAAUGUGAAAAUGAGACCAGGACAUAAUAGUGACAAAGUCAAAGAACCUGCAAUGCAAUUCAAACUCCACAACUGGGCAUUCCUGAGUUUGAGCAUUUGCAUGCUCUGAGCAAGGAAUCCUACAUGAAAACCUCAGAAAAGGUGAUAGAAUUUGUGCAGGCUCUUUUGGCUUUAGCAUAAGGGGCUGAAGUCGUACUCUCUGUUUCCAAAAUGGUUUUAGCUGACAAUAGAUGUUCAUUUCAAGUAGAUCAGGCAUUAUGGGUUUGAAUCUUGAGCAUUUGGCUCAAUUUUUAAAGCAUUGAGGGUUUUUUCCAAUUUUUUUUGUUUGUUUGUUUUUAAUUGUUAAAAUCAGCCUAAACACCUAAUUCGUCAGAGAAGUGUGCCAGCAUUCAGUUUUCUCCCUCAGCUGUUGCUACUGUGAGGCAGCUGUGCCAAAAUGGCUACCAUAUUAUGCAAUGUUUUAAUGAAAACUGUGUAUGGAUGUGAGCUUAUUGUGUCAGUGAUUACUUGGUUUAAUGCAAAAUGCAGAGGUAAUAUUGUAGCUGAUGCCUACAUAUGAAUUUUGCUUUAAUAUCCCACCCUGAAUCCCUACUUAAAAAAGUAAAAAAUCUGAUUACAAUACUGUAAACUUUCCCUGUGGAUGGUACAGAGUAAUCUUUGGCAGAGGACAGUCUAUGUUGUUCACACACAGAUGUUUUAUAUAGAUGAGAGAAGUCAGUCCUGGCUUAGCUAGAAGUCCAGCUUUGAGAUGGUACAAUCUAGCUACGAUGAAUCACAUACUGGGUUUCCUAAAUUACUGUCAAUCUAGAAAACUCACACCCCCCCAUUUUGUGCUUAUGGAUUCUUUUGUGAUUCUAGGAACGUACAUACUUAACGGUCAGGAUCUGGUUUGAAUAUUUUGGUUGUUUCACUUGACCUUGAAGUUGUAUGUUUUAUUUAGUGAAGAUGAGGUUUGUGAAGGAUUCUGUUUUUUACCAAAUGGAGUUCUAAACUGCAACAUGGAAGGGCCUUGAAAACAUAAAUCAAUAAACUGUUUUGUUUAUAAUCUA